AUGGUCAUGCAAGGCCGCCGGUCGCCGGGUCGUGCGCCGACGAGUCGGCCUCGGACACCGUCGCCGCGUCGAGACGUGCCCCGGGCCCAGCGGUCCCGGUCCCGUGAUCUGGAGCGGCGCAACUCGCCGCGCCCGGCGACACCCGAGCGCCGCCCAUCGCUGCGCGACGACGUGAGCCGAAGAGACCGCGUCGAAGUGCUGCGCCAAGAAGAGGGGCGGGCGCUGCCCCGCACCAAUUCGGUGCGCUCCCAGCGGUCGCGGUCCCGACCCGGCCGGAGCACGACGACCCGGUCCGGCUGCGACGUGGCCAAGCCGACGACGACCAAGACCGAGGUCCGGGACACGCGGUCGCUGGCGGAGAUCGCGCGCGAGGCGGCGGCGAAGCGACCGUCGGUCUCGGAGACCCACCACGUGGUGCGCGAGCAGCCCGACUACAGCAACGUGGUCUUUGAUCCGCUGCCGGUGGCCAAGGAAGGCGGCCCGAUCAUGGCGCCGCUAUUGCAGUCGCUGCGCCAGAGCGGCAACGACACACCGCGGUCCGUGGCCUCGGACGACAGCUCGUCGCUCUCGAUCAAGAGUCUUUUGAACCCCAAGCCGGUGCGUCGGGGCGUCGAGCUGGACGAACUGGCCGUCGACUACGACGACGACGACGAGUAGACUGCGUGCCCCUUUAUAACCCUAGU